AUGGCGACCAUCGUCAGGCAUGGCCCGGGGUCCUCCCACAGCUUUGAGGACCGCCGGAGUCUCGAGAAGUCCUCCCAGGACAACCAGUUCGACUACACCGCUCCCGAUGCCCUUCCCGAGCCCGACCCGCGCGCUCUCAAGUGGGCCAUCCUCAAGCUCGACAUGAUCUUCCUUCCUGCCGUCACCAUGGUCUACUUCCUGUCCUUCCUUGACCGAAGUAACAUCGGUAACGCGAAGCCGGCUGGUCUCAUGGAGGACCUCAAACUCACAAACCACCAGUACUCGAUCGCGCUCACUGUCACCUAUGUUCCUUACAUCGUCGCCGAGCUUCCCCUUACCCUGCUUAUCCGCAAGGUCGGCCCUAACAUCUUGCUCCCCGUCCUCAUGAUCUGUUGGGGUCUCGUCACCACCUUCCAGGGUUUCGUCCACAACUACGCCGGUCUUCUCGCUGCUCGUUUCUUCCUCGGUGCCGCUGAGGGAGCUAUCCUUCCUUGUUGCAUGACCUACCUGUCCACGUUCUACCGCCGCCAGGACCUCGCUAAGAGGACUGCGUUCCUGUUCUGUGCCACCUCGCUCGCCGGUGCUUUCUCCGGUCUGCUCGCUGCCGCCAUCGUCCAGAUGGAGGGCCUGGGCGGCAAGCGUGGCUGGGCUUGGAUCUUCAUCAUCGAGGGCGCGUUCACCGUCGUCUACGGCGCCGUCUCGUUCUUCCUCCUUCCCCGCGACCCGAGCAGCGUCUUCUACCUCCGCACCGACCAGACGCAGGCUCUGCUCGCCGCGCUCGACCGUGACCGCCCCCCUGCUGAGAACCAUGAACAGCUCAAGGCCUCCUCGGUCCUUGGUGCCCUCACCGCUCCCCAGGUCUGGCUCGUCGGCGCCCAGCUCUUCGCUUCGGGUACUGCUCUCUUCUCGAUGGCCUACUUCUCGCCCACCAUCGUCCAGGGUCUCGGCUACAAGGGUACCGCGAUUCAGCUCUACUCUGUGCCUCCUUACGCCGUCUCUGCCGUGCUCUCGCUCUUCGUCUGUUUCUGGUCUGACAAGACGCGCCACCGUGGCGGUUUCGUCAUUUUCUCGGCUGUCCUCCAGCUGAUCGGUUACGCGCUCUACCUCUCCUUCAAGGACAAGCACGUGCGCUACUGCUCGCUCUUCUUCCAGGUCAUGGGAGCGUACGUCAGUGCGCCGCUGCUCUCGACGUGGAUGCCGAACAACCUGGCGCCCUUCUACCGCCGUGUCACGGGCAUUGUCUGGGGUUUCAUCGUCACCAACUGUGGUGGUAUUCUCUCCACCUGGCUGUUCCCGACGACCGAGGCGCCCGACUACCGCAAGGCGACCAGCAUCCUGCUCGGCCUCUCGUGCUCCAUGAUGGUCAUGGCGUGUCUCAACAUGGCCUACCUUGGCGCCAUGAACAAGCGCCGCAAGCAGCGCGGAGGCUUCGAUCUCGCCAACGGCGCCAUGGACGACGCCGCCACCCUCGGCGACCGCUCUGUCCACUACAAGUACAUUCUUUAA